CUAAUGGUAUAUAGAGCAUUGAUAAGAUCGUUAUUAGAUUUUGGUUGUGAAGCCUAUGACAGUGCGGCUCAAAGUAUAAAGAAAUCACUUGACUCCAUUCAAUAUCAAGCCUUGAGAAUUUGUGCGGGAGCUCUUCCUCUUACAUCAUUAGAUUCACUACAAGUUGAACUAGGUGAAAUGCCCUUAGACUUAAGAAGACAGAUGCUGGCGGACAGAUUCAGACAAAAGAUUGAAAUGCAUCGAGAUCACCCUGUCAUAUUAAACGUUAAGCCCAGCUGGCAAAUGGAACUUUUGAAGCUCCAAAAGAAUAACAAGCCAUUUGGAUGCAGAACAGAACUAAUGAAACAUUGUACUAUCGAACCUUACACUAUACCUAGUUUCCCCCCUUGGAAAAUUAAUGCUCCAAAAGUGUCGAUAGAAUUAAGCGAAAUAGUGAACAAACAUGAAAACCCAUCUUAUUUACGUCAACGCAGUUUAGAAUUGAUCAGUACCAAAUGGCCAAUACAACUACACAUCUAUACAGAUGGGUCAAAGGUUCCAAGUUUUGGAAUAAGUUCUGCUUCUUUUUAUGUACCAGCAUUCUCCUUUCAACAAGCCAAACGAUUGGCGGAUCACACCUCAUCUUUCAGAGCCGAAUUGGCCGCAAUUGUCCUUGCGCUUAAUUGGCUAGAGAACAUUAAUGUGUAUGUUGGCAUUGUUAUUUUUUGUGAUUCCGUAAGCGCCCUGCUCGCCAUAAAGGAUGAAAAAGAUAUUACAUUUGUAACUGAAAUUAUUACAUUAAGUACAAAAUUAUCGUAUCAAGGAAAACACAUACACUUAGAAUGGAUUCCUAGCCAUUGUGGUGUACACGGAAAUGAAAUGGCAGAUUUUUAUGCAAAAUCUGCUUUACAAAAUAACAUUGAAAUUUGUAAUAAAUUAUCCUUUUCUGAAAUAAAGAGUAUUAUUACCAGCAAGUAUAUAAAACUCUGGCAAGACAGAUGGAAUAAUUCUGAUAGAUCUCUUAGACAUAUACUGCCUACAGUAAAUCAACCAUAUGAAUGUAAGUUGAACAGAUUUGAAGAAAGUAUUCUCCAUAGAUUAAGAAUAGGAGUGAUAGGUUUGAACUUAGAUCUCUUCAGAUUGAAUAUACACUCGACAGGCCAUUGCAAUAACUGCAUAGGACGUACUGAAACUGUAAACCACUUUCUCACUGAAUGCCCAAAGUACAUAAUAGAAAGAGCUAUGUUACUCGUAGAAACUGAUUUAACACAUCCACAGGAAAUCAUGACACUACUUAAACUUUCAGAAAUAGUUAAACAAAAAGCAAUAGUUCGCUUCGUUUUAAGAACAAAGCGGCUGUAUCAAAACAAUUAAAUUGUU